UUGCACAGGUGGUGUUCACGGGAGCAACAAAGCCGGGUGACAGAAGAACCAAGUGUUGCACCAGGACAUGCCACCCCCCCGCUGCCACCUCCAUCCUCAGCAGCUCUAAAGCAACCUCCGAUGUAGGUUGAGGCAGUUCCCCUGCUAAUCCUCCCCAGGGACCUUGAGCAAGCCAAAGACACAGCAGCCUCUGUGCCUGUCCAAGCUUAGCUGAUCCUCUGCUUUCUCCGGGGUGGCUGAUCAUGUUAUCUCUGCACUUGGCAUGGGAACUGCCACGGGGCCAGCUAGCCACGCUGCUACAGACCCUGCCUGCUUUCCAGCUGCUUCUUGGCUGAAGUUUCAGCUCGAUAACUGCUUUCCCCCUCUGGUUUGCAGGAUUUAGCCUCCGAGCGGCUGAAUGGCAGAGGUAAUACCUGUGGGAGCUGGGGACAUGAGUGUUGCUGGGCUGGGGCAGGCGACGCAGGGCCACGCUGUUUGUGUUGCAGGUCCCAGCCCAAGACGCAAAGCCUCCAUGUCACUGCGGUCCUUCAAGCGGAUCGGCAUCCUGGUCCUGGCUGUGGUGCUCACCCUCGCCUGCCUGGUUGCAGUUGGGUUCCUGGUCAAGGUUUACCUGGACCACCACUACUUCUUCUGCAAACAGCCCCUGAAGCUGGUGCCGCUGCAGCAAGUCUGUGACAGGCAGAUGGACUGUCCGCAGGGCGAGGAUGAGGCGAACUGUCCCCAGUGGGUCCCUGAGGGGCCACUAGCUGGGGCCCGUGUUUCCAAAGACAGAUCCAUCCUGCAGGUGCUUAACAGGAACACUGGAGAUUGGUUCUGCAUCUGCCAUGACCACUUCAACUCGAUGCUGGCAAAAGCAGCCUGCGAGCAAAUGGGCUACAGGAGCAACCCCACGUUCACAGCAGUGGAGGCGGGCGCCGGGCAGCCCCUGCCUCCCCGCGAGGUCGUGCUGAGGAACGGCAGCCUCCAGAUGCCCGAGCCAGGCCGGAAAUGCCUCUCUGGAGCAGUUGUUUCGCUCUUUUGUUCCAAAGGCUGCGGGGAGAGCAUAAGGACUCCACGCGUGCUGGGGGGGAGCCCCGCCACCAUCGAGGCUUGGCCGUGGCAGGUCAGCCUGCAGUACAAGAGGGAGCACAUCUGUGGGGGCAGCAUCAUUGACCGCAGCUGGAUCCUGACGGCAGCGCACUGCUUCAAGAACAACCCCAUUGUUCAGAGGUGGCGUGUGAAGGCUGGCUCCAACCUCCUCUCAGGCACCACCACCCUUGCUGUGGAGAAGGUCUUCCUGGCUGGGGAGAUGCCCACGUCUCCCAAGGACAAUGACAUUGCUCUGGUGAAGCUGCAGUCUCCCCUGCAUGUCUCAGACAGCAGCAAGCCCAUCUGCCUGCCCUAUUUCGACGAGGAGCUGGUACCAGGCACACCCCUGUGGGUGAUAGGCUGGGGCUACACUCAGAAGCGUGGCAAACUGUCUGAGAUCCUGCAGCAGGCGGAGGUGAAACUCAUCGAUGAGGAGAGCUGCAACGUCGCUGCCUACCAUGGCGAGGUCACCGAGAAGAUGCUGUGUGCUGGCCUGCCCCAAGGAGGGGUGGACACAUGCCAGGGAGACAGCGGAGGGCCCCUGCUGUACUCGGGCAAGCACUGGCAAGUGGUGGGCAUUGUGAGCUGGGGCCAGGGCUGCGGCACCCCCAGCACACCCGGUGUCUACACCAGCGUCCGUGCCUACCUCAACUGGAUCUACACCGUGCGGAGGUCGGAGCUCUGAGACCUGCUGGGACAGGUCCCUCCUCUCCCCUCACGCCUCCCUCCCCAUCCCUACGCGCUUGGCUGUCUCAGCUCCGGCACCAGAAGCUGAGCGGUGCCUCCCAAGCCCUCACUGGCAGGCUGUGAUUUAGCACGCCAGAGACCAGCCAAGGAGGCAAAGGGCAGCUCGGAGCGACGGCCACUGAUACCAUGAAGGAAUCUGACCAGCUCAAGCUCCUUCCGCAGCAAGAUUAAUUUAUUACCCCGUGCUGACCCUGCUGUGGCAGGAAGGCUCCUGCAGGGCUCAGCUGCUCUUUGCUCACUACUGUUAUACAGAGAGAAAUGAUGUUUGUGCUAUGGAAUAUCCCCAUUAAAAGAGAGUAUUUGUUUUUUUCACGCA